UAUUUGGAAGUCAGCUCGGCUCAAACCAGACCGGAGUUUCGCUGUCUUCAAUGCGUCGGACUUAUCGCAGCCCUACGCCUCUUUUAUCGCCUCGCCGCCUUCCGAUCAAUUCUUCAAGGCCGAGAUGAUCGCAUCCUUCUCCUUCUCCGCCCUCCCUCCCAUCCCCUGCCAUGGAUCCGCCACGCUUUCCUUCAAGCCGACGUCUCUCCGUUUCCUGAUCAAGCGACGGCCGAAAGGUGGCGCUGGGUCUCGGAGGGCCAUUCCCUUUGUCCGCGCUGCCGGUGGCGGUGCCAACGGGAUGAAGCAGGACGAUGAAGACAACGUUACCGAAAACGACAGCAAAAACGGAGGAGGAGAUCUGAAGAGGGAACGCCAGCGUACGGGCGCAUUCAACCUUCGCUGGCGAGAUCUCUUGUCGCCGGACCCCGACAACGCGUUGGCCGUUGCCUUGACCGGACUCCUCACUUGGGCCAGUGUCCAGGUUGUCUUUCAGCUCUUCUUCAUCUCGGUCGCCAUCCUCCUCGCUGCUCUCAAGUACUCCUUCAUCGCUGCUCUCCUGCUCUUCAUUCUCAUAGCCCUCCUUUGAGUAAUUUUGUGCUGUGUUCUCCCCAUUAAUCGUCGGCUUGUGGUAUGUGUAUACCAAUGGUUCUUAUUGGACGUGGUAUUUUCAAUUUUUAGCUCAAUUAUAUGAAAUUGAUUCCAGCUAUCA